CAUCCUGUCUGCUUGCAGGGACCAGAAGUGCCGAUAUCUGCAGUCACCAUGGCCGUUUUUCUUCCCGUCACGAGCUUUUUCCUCGGAUUGCACACCCUAUAUUUCGCUAUCAUCAGCUUCCGGGUGGCAAUCUUCCGAGGUAACAACAUGCAAAAGGACAAGAACUAUGAGACUGCACCGGCGUUCAAGUACAGAAAUGCGGCUCAGACCAAUUUUGGGCAGUACUUCCCGAUUAUACUGCUUCUUCUGGGCUUCCUCGAGGCCAAUCAAGUGAUGAGCCAGAAAUAUCUGCUUACUUUGGGGACAGUCAUCACUGCCCUGCGCCUCAGCCACACCCUGCAAUUGGCCUUCCCACAGCAGCUUCCCGUUGGCUUCCGGAUGGCCGGCUUCCUGGGCACUGUGGCUUUCUUCAUCGCCUGCAGCAUCCUGUGUAUGCUGGUAGGCCUUCAGGAGUUCGGCGUUGUUGACAAGAAUCUCCUCGGCAACAACAGGAGCUGGCUAGGGUUUGCGGAUGACAAGUACGCAGAUGCAUCAGACAGUGUCAAGAGUGGCUGGAACACCAUCAAAGACAAGGCACAGGACCUGUAAGCGCGCGUUUAACAGCCGGCAAGAAACAGGCACUUCUUACUCGAUACAGAGUACGGUCGGCAUCUGACGCAGAGCAUGGGAGGCCGAUAGGCAACGGACGAUGCUCAAUGCUGCAAACAGCAGAUAAUCUUUGAUCAUUUUCAAGUACUGCUACUAGCUACUGUGGUACAUCCUAGU